AUGAUCUUCAUUAUCCUUAUUGCGUCUUUCCUUGCUCUCGCUCGCUCUUCUCUUGCUUACAAUCCAAGACCGUGCAUCGGCUUCAAAGUACCAGUGGAGGUACAGGCCAACAACUCAAUCUACGAUAUCCCUCGCGUUGACAGUAACGUUGACGCGGUUGACCUGGUACGGAAUCUGGUCGUUUGGUCAGGCCCGAACGCGACUAGCCGGAUCACAGCUCCUCGUCCUGUCCACCAAACUUUUAGCAUUAGUGCACGGCUUUGCGUACCAGAUGGAGGAGCGAAAGCUAGCAUCUUGCAGAUUGCGACCCACGACACAAACUCCUACGUCAACGCCGCUUUGAAAGCAGGAUACUCUAUCCUCAUUUACGACCGCUUGGGUGUUGGGCAGUCCGACAAGCCUGACGCGUACGAAAUCUUGCAGGCCCCACUGGAGGUCGAGAUACUCCACCAGCUUACUAUCCUCGCUCGCUCUGGGCAACUCGUUCCAUCGCCUUUGACAAGCAAAAAUGUCCAACUUCCCAAAUUCGAUAAAAUCGUACUCGUCGGCCACUCCUUCGGGACCGCUAUAACCUCUGGAGCGAUCUCUAAAUAUGGCGAUACUAUUGAUGGGGCAGUUCUCACUGCGUUCGUUUACAACAAAGAAUUUCUCGCAACGGGUGUGGAUUCAUAUGGAUGGGAACACGCCCCGGAAAGCGACCACAAGAGGUUCAGUGAGUUUCCGAGCGGAGUCAUCGUGCAAGGGACAGUCAGCAGCGUGCAGCAAAUCUUCAUGAAGAAGGGAGCAUUCGAGCCUGAUAUGCUGGACUAUGCGGAAGAAGUCAAGCAGCCAGCGGGGGUGGGUGAGCUCCUGUCUGUUGGGAUGAUAUGGCCGCUGCCAGCUCCCGCUUUCUCUGGCCCGUUGCUCAUUGCUCUUGCUGAGUUUGACUUCCCUGUUUGCCGGGGCGACUGUAAGGGGGUAGUCGAUCUGUCGACUUUGGGUCCAGGACUCUGGCCAAAGGCGUCCGACAUCAGCUUGCAGAUUCAUCCAAACUCCGGGCACGGUUUGACGCUGCAUAGAAAUUCGACAGGCCACUUCCAGGUGGUCUUUUCUUAUCUGAACGAGAAGGGGUUGUGAGGCUGGGGUGUCUUGACUCAAGUCUGGUUCGUACUCAAGAAGGGCGAACGGAAGUUCUCGCGCAAGAGCAGGAGAGUGUCGCUAAGUUAUUACGCUUGACACCAUCUGAGGUGGCCCAGCUGGGCUCCCGGUAGUUGAACUUACUCCUUCUACACUACCGACAUCCUAAACUGCGGAUCAAGGCACCGAUUUUAGAUGUCUUGUAUCCAUAAUCGUAAUCGC